GUUGCCAUCACCGGUUCCGGUUGCCAUUUUGGGAGACGUUAUUGCACAACAUAUUUGUACUAGACCCAGAGGAAAGGUUUUGCAUAUUGUCGGUGCAUAAUAAUUUCUAAUAAUUCCUUUGAGAAGAACGAAGAGAUUUGAAAAUGCCUGCUAUGCCAGUACAAUCUAUUCAAAACAAACCAUCUGAACGAAGACUGCCCUCAACAUCAUUACCCAUGGAACGAAAAACGUUGAAAGCGAAGAAGAAGAAAUCUCUUUCAAGCCGUAUUCGACGGUUGUUGACUACGGGGAAAUGAAAACAGAAGAAUGUGUCCAUACAGUACAUUGAGUCGCUAAACUGCAAGAAAUGUGGUGACGUGGACUGUGAACAGUACGUGGCGUUGGAUUGUGAGAUGGUUGGCGUUGGACCAAUGGCAAAAGAGAGUGCAUUAGCACGUUGCACAGUUGUGGAUUACCACGGCAAAUGCUUGUGUGACCUUUACGUCAAACCUGACGUCCCUGUAACAGAUUACCGCACACCGUGGAGUGGGAUCCGUAAAGAGCACAUCCAACGAGGUCUACCAUUCUUCCAAGUUCAAAAUCACGUACAGCAACUCAUAGAUGGGAAAAUAUUAAUCGGGCACGCCUUGCAUAACGAUCUACAAGCAUUGCAUCUUCGCCAUCCUUUCGAGCAGAUAGCCGAUACUUCGAAGUGUGUGCACCUAAGACGGCUAGUGGGAAUGGAAACGAGUACACCGAUAAGUCUAAAGCGUUUAAGUAAACAACUCUUACACAGGACUAUACAGCAAGGUGAACACUGCUCUUUAGAAGAUGCUCGGGCUGCCAUGGAUUUAUUUAAAAUCAGUAAAAAUAAGAAUACUGAUGUGCACUUGAAAUCUUUCAUGACAGAUGAUUUCUGGCCGAGUGAUUUUGAUAAUGAAUGAUAAUGAUUAAAUAAAGUUAUUAUAAUCUA